AUGCGCAUCAAAUUGAGCAUUCUCAUCAGCAUCAUCAUAUGUCUGAUCUACAUCGUCUCUGAUGUGGCAGCAAUGCCGAUAGGAGCACCGGACUUAUCCAAAUGCCAGCCCUUCUUUGCGGCGAACUGUUGCCUCAUCAACUCACGAUCCAUAGUUGAUUUCAAGCUCCCGAGCACGGGAGCUCUUCGAGUGCGCCCUGCCGCACAUUUAGUAACCAAAGAGUAUAUCCUCAAGUAUGCAAAUGCAACUAGAUUGAUGAGAAGCUUGCCAUUGAACCACCCAUGGAAUUUCAUGCAACAAGCCAACGUACACUGUGCUUACUGUGAAGGCAUAUACAACCUAUCAAAUUUCCCUAACAUGACUCUUGAAGUGCAUAGUUCAUGGCUAUUUAUCCCCUUCCACCGGAUGUAUCUCUACUUCCAUGAGAAGAUCCUCGGAAAAUUGAUCGGCGAUGAGAGUUUUGCCUUGCCGUUUUGGAAUUGGGACUCACCAGAAGGGAUGGGAAUUCCUACCAUGUACACUGAUCCAAAUUCUUCACUUUUUGACAACACGAGAGUGCAAAAUCACCAGCCACCUAAUAUCCUAAACUAUGGCUCCACCAAUGAAGGAAACAACAACAUCAGUAGCCAAAUUGAGGCAAAUCUUGAAGUAAUGUAUCGGCAAAUGGUCUCCAGUGCGAAAACAGCUGGGCUUUUGCUCGGAGGGCCAUAUCGGGCUGGCGGUGAUGAGCUUUGGAACCCUGGCACUGUUGAAAUGGCACCGCAUCCUUAUGUACAUAUAUGGACGGGCUUUGAUAUGAGCUCGUUAGCCACCGCCGGUAGGGAUCCUAUAUUUUAUAGUCAUCACUCUAAUGUUGAUAGGAUGUGGGAGGUUUGGAAGACAUUGCCGGGGAACAACAGUACUGGUGUGAACUACAUUAAUGACACUGAUUGGCUUGAUUCCUCCUUCCUUUUCUGGGAUGAAAACCUUCAGUUAGUGAGGAUUAAAAUCAGAGAUGUUCUUGAUACUACAAAGCUUGGUUAUGUUUAUCAACAAGUACCUAUUCCAUGGAGUAACAAAACAGCUGCAAAGCUAUGGGAUGGAGAGGAGAUGUCAAGCUUGCGUUUGGUGGAGCUUCCGGUGGUGUUAGAUUCAGCAGUGAAGAUCAAUGUUGAGCUUCCAAAGAUGAAGAUGAAGAUGAAUAUGGAGGAAGUUUUGGUGGUGGAUGAGAUUGAGUUUGAUGCAAGGGUGCAUGUUGGGUUUGAUGUUUUUCUUGGUGGUUUAAGAACAUCAAAGAUAGGUUUUGCAGGUAGGUUUGAGCAUUUGGCAGUGAAGAAGUGGAGGAAAGAUGUUGCCAUGGGAGGUCUGUUGAUGAAGAAGAGACUAGUUUUAGGGUUGAAAGACCUUGUGAAGGAGUUAAAGUUGGAGAGAGGAGAACUUCUUGUUGUCACACUCAUGCCAAGUCAUGGGACAGGGGUGCUUAUAAAAGUGGGGAGUGUUAGGGUUGAUUUAUCUAGUUAAUAAAUUGCGUACAUGAUGUAUUAAUCAAAAUAAUAUAUUUUUUAAGUACCUAGUUCCUAUAUA